AUGAUAGAAGUUCUGGUAAAUGAUAGACUUGGCAAAAAGAUCCGGGUGAAGUGUCUCGAGGAUGACACUGUUGGCGACUUUAAAAAGGUUUUAUCGGUUCAACUAGGGAUGCAACCGUCGAAGAUUGUACUACAAAAAGGUGGCAGUGUCUUGAAAGAUCACAUUACAUUGUAUGAUUACGAAGUGCAUGAUAAUACUAACCUAGAAUUAUACUACUCGUGA